GACCGAGCACCACCACCACCACUCUUCAAGUUCAACCACCCUUCUUCAACACAGAAACACCCAGGAUCAGACUUACAAGGAUCCCUACUUCACAGCCAGGCCUGCAAGAAACAACAUCCCACCCCGAACACUACCAUCAACUUGAUAAACCUACAAUCUUGGCUUGAUUGGAAACCCCUCACUCAGUCAUCCCAUACCACCCGCAAAAACCAUAGGCUAUUGAAGUAAUAGGACGAACGCCAUAUAUCCGACUGAAAUCAUACAUUGCUUGAAAUCAUUUGGAAGAAAAACACAAAACGAAACCUCCCUCGGUCAAACUUCCACACUCACAAUCAAGAUGGGAUUCCCCUGGAUCUCAUUUCCGUGGAUCUCGUUCUCUGGAUUGUUCAUUAUUACCGGUGUUCUGAUCUUUCAUUUCCGGUACAGGAUCCUAGCAUAUCUGCCUCCCAGUUUCCAAUCCCGAUUCGCACAAUAUGCACCAGUCCCAGAUUUUGAGUCGGCUCAAUUGGCUGGCUUCGAGUCGAGCGAAUUCAGUAUCAAUAACAACCUCUCUCAGGAUGACCAUCGUCAACUAGAUAUCGACGAAGUUCGUCGAAUUAUGUUGCAGAAAAAUUGCACCUUUGAUGAGGCUCGACUUAUUCGUCAUCAGCGCCAUCUAAAAAGGAACGGAAUUGAUCCAAUCACCGGUUUACCGACCGACAAAAAAGCAAUCACUUCACUUGCUUAAUCCAACAAAAACGACCCUGCUCACACCAACUUUUUUUGCUCCACAUACACAUACGCACAUACGGAGAUCUGUUGUUUACUUUACUUGGCUUGUUUAGAUAUAUGGCUUAAAUUUUUUCCGUUUUCAUUUCUCUAUCGGUUCUAUCUUCUCAAGGAUGUUGUAUAACCAUAAAACCUACCCUGCUUGUGGUCACCUAUUCCAAUCCCCCCACCCCUCUAACUCUAAUGUAAUCGUCAAAUUUAAAGAAAAAAAAAUGAAGGACUUGUUCCAGUUUACUGGCCUCUGAUUAGCACUUGAAUUAUACAAGAACGAAGUCAGUAACAGCCGAUUCAUUCUUAUGAAGGGUACAAUACCC